CGUGUCAUCACACACGUAAAGUUAAAAGUGUCUCAUUUAUUAUAAAAUUGUUUAAUUAUUCAAUCACUGUUCAGAAUAACUUACAAUUCAAUGAAAAGUAACCGCAAUAACAAUUUUAUACAGAUUAUAAAAUAAACUAUUUGUUAAAUAAAUUGACAGUAUUGUUAAAAAAAAUAUUAAAAUGCAGACUGUUAGACAUUAUUACAGUGAUUUCAUUUCGUGAUUGUUUGUCGUUUUUUAUACACCUUAUCUAAGUUAUUUAAGUGAUAAUUACACAAAAUAAUUAAUUAAAAAUUAAUAGAGUUAAAACUAAUUGAAAAGUUAUCUUAGUUUGCUUAGAGCCAUCACUCAAAGAACUAAUAAAAAACAUUCUUAUUUGAUAAUACAAAAUAAACCGAGGAAUAAUUACAAAAUGUUUAAAAAAUUUAAAGAUAAACUUGCUGAAGAGAUGAAACAAUCACCAGCAAGAAUUCAAGCAAGCAUGCAGCAAUUAGCACAGGCAGUUGUCUCUCCGAAUAUUUCGAAUGCAUCCAGUUCUGGUUUAUCAGCAUCAAAUGACAACUUUAGCCUUACAGAUGAAGGAGAUGAAACAGCAAAGAACAGCCCAGCUAAAGAUUACUUUCCAAGCAUCGAUUUAACCUCACUCUCUUCAAAUACAACUGGAAUUUCCAGAUCGUCUUCAAUUAAUAGUUUAGCUAGUGGUGAUACUUCAGGAUUAUUUCCUAUUUUUGAAAGUUCUGGAAAUGCUUAUCAUUUUCCGUCAGACAUAGAACAAUCGGCGAGUGAAACUGAUGAAUGUAUGAACCGACAAAUGGAUCAACUAUCAAAGGAAGAAAUAUAUUCAGCGUACCGUAAAAUUCAAACAAAGUAUUGUAAAUAUAGGGGAAAAUACAGAGAGUUGGCAAACCAUUAUCGAGAAAUUGAGAGGGUGAAGAUGAAAUUGGAGUCUUUGCUUGUUGAGACACAAAAUAAAGCUUUGAGAAGAAUUGGAAAUUUGAAAGAACAGUGCCAGUUAGAACAGCAAGCGAAAGCUCAUCUUGAAGAAGCUUUAAGGAAUGACAUUGAAGAAAAAGAUCAUAUAAUUGAUUCGUUAAACACUAAAGUAAAACUUCUUCAUGCGAAUGGAGCAAACGCAAAACUAGAAAACCAAUUAAAUUCUGCUGAGAACAAACUCGAAAGCGCAAGAAACUCUUCUCAAGAUUUAAUUAAAAUUUCCGGUGAGGAAAUGGAAGACAUUUCGCUAAAAUUGAAUCAAGCAGAUUCUGAAUUAUCAACAGAAAACCAUCAAUUGAAAAAUAAACUCGAAAAGCUCGAAAUUUUGAUUUCAAAAUACAAAGAAUCGUUGAAACGAAGUAAAGAAAAAAUAGAAGAAAUGGAAGAAGAAAAAUACAAAGUUGAGCGAGAGUUGGAAAUGUCGAAGAGCUUAAAUGAGGAAAAAUUAGAUGAAUUGAAAAAGGAUCUAAAUAAAGCAAAGGAAAAAAUUGAUUAUUUAAACGAAGAAAUAAAUGAAUUGCGUAAAAGAGAGGAGGAAUCUGUGAUUUCACUGGCAGAAAAUAAAUUCAAAAUUCACAAAGAACUUGAAAUCAAGGAAGAACAAAUCAAACAAUUAACUAUGCAACUUAAACAGGCAAUGCAAAAUAAAGAAAAGAAUAAUGUUGAUGAGAAAAGUCACGACAAUAAUGAAAUAACUAGAGAUGAUUCAGGAGAAGUAAUGAAUGAAAAUUUAAUUGACAUUGAUUCGGAUACAGAACAGAAAGUUGUGUUGGAGAAUAAAGAAAACAAAAUUAGUGAAUUAAACAAACUGAUUGAUGAAAAUGAACAACAAAAUCAUGAGAUUUCAAGAUUAAAGAAAGAAUUAAAUGAAUCAUAUGAAAGAAUAAAUGAUUUAACUGACAAGUUAAGAGAUAGUGGAUUACUUUUGAAUGAUUUAAAAAAUGAGACACAAAGAAGAAAUACAAUUUUUGCUGAAAAAGCAGUACAAUCAAUGAUGAUGAUGCAAUCAAUGAAAAAAAUUUGUGAAGAAGUGAAACUGACGAUUAAAAAUAAUCAUGAUAGCGUUAAAAAUUAUAUAACUGAUGAAUUAAAAAGUAAAGUGCAAGAAUGGGCAUAUAAUGUAGAAUUGUCACAGAAAAAUCAUGAAUCCCAAGAAAAAUUAAAUGAGUUAAUGAGUAUAAUUAUUGUAAAAAAUGAUUUUAUUGAUAAAUUAAAGCUUUCAAAAAAGGAACAAAAUUAUAUAAAUGAACAACUACGAGAAAAGAACCAAGAAUUAGAAAUGAAAGUUGAAUGUUUGCUAAAGAAUAAUGUUGAACAGAAAAAAGUAGAAGAAUUAAUGGAUAUUAUUGUUACAAAGAAUGAUUAUAUUAAUAAAUUAAAAUGUAUGAAAGAAAACCUAUUAUUAAAAAAUAAAAUACUUACAAAAAAUGAUGACUAUUUAUCAGAUUUAAUUAAUGUAAAAAAUGAAUUUAUUACUAAGUUGAAGCUUGUAAAUAAAGAAAUGAAAUGUAAAAUAGAAGUGAUGGAAGAAGAGAAUCGAAAAUUACAAUCAGAAAAUGAAGCUUUAGGAAAUAAUGAAAAUUUGAAAGAUAAAUUAGACGCUAUGAUGGACAUAAUCCGUGUAAAAAAUGACUUUAUAGAUAAACUAAAAGUUGUACAAAAGGAUAAAAAUAAUCUCAUUGAAGAACUAAAACAAAAAAAUGCCGAUUUUCUUACCGAACUAGAAACAUUUAAAAAAAGCAAUGGUUCAGUUGAAAUAUUAGAAAUUGAACAUAAAGAACUACAAGAUGCAAAAAAUAAAUUAUUAAUAUUAAAUGAAGAUCUUCAAAAAGCUAAUGAAUUUUCACAACAAAGAAUUAAAGAGCUUGAAGAGCAUCUUGAGAAAAAUACUGUGGAAACUCGUGAAACCACGGAUCUCAAUAAUAAAUUAUUAAAAGUAAAUGAAGAUCUUCAAAAAGCUAAUGAAUUUUUACAACAAAGAAUUAAAGAGCUUGAAGGGCAUCUUGAAAAAAAUACUGUGGAAACCCGUGAAACCACGAAUCUCAAUAAUAAAUUAGUAAAAGUAAAUGAAGAUCUUCAAAAAGCUAAUGAAUUUUCACAACAAAGAAUUAAAGAGCUCGAAGAGCAUCUUGAGAAAAAUACUGUGGAAACCCGUGAAACCACGGAUCUCAAUAAUAAAUUAGUAAAAUUAAAUGAAGAUCUUCAAAAAGCUAAUGAAUUUUCACAACAAAGAAUUAAAGAGCUCGAAGAGCAUCUUGAGAAAAAUACUGUGGAAACCCGUGAAACCACGGAUCUCAAUAAUAAAUUAGUAAAAUUAAAUGAAGAUCUUCAAAAAGCUAAUGAAUUUUCACAACAAAAAAUUAAAGAGCUCGGAGAGGAUCUUGAGAAAAAUACUGGGGAAGCACGUGAAACUAUGGAUCUCAAUAAUAAAUUAUUGAAAGUAAAUGAAGACCUUCAAAAAGCUAAUGAAUUUUCACAACAAAGAAUUAAAGAGCUUGAAGAACUCAUAAAAAAACACACGAUAGAAAUAAUUGAUAAAAACACAGAAAUUGAAGGUAUAACUAAUGUAACUGAAGCUUAUAAAAACCAAAUACGAGAUUUAGAAGAGAAAAUGAACGAAUUGAAAAAAGAAAUAAAUGAAGAAAAAAGAAAAAAUGAAGAACUUGAUGAAAUAAAUAAAUCAAAUAAAGACUUUAAAACGUAUGAAGAGGAGACAGAGAAUUUGAGAGGGACAGUAGAAAAAUUACAAAAGCAGCUAAAAGAAGCAGAAUCAACUGUUAUUAGUUGUCAAUCAAAAGAAUCACAAAUUGAAAACAUAAAUGAAUCGUUACGAAAUGAAAUAGAUGCAUUAAAAAAACAAUUAGAAACGAUUGAAGAAGUGCAGAGAGAGAGAAUGAAUCAGUUAGUAAAAGAAUUUCAAGCUCAAAUUAAUGAUAAAGAUCAGGAACUUCAGGCAGCUCUUGAUAAAAAAUUUGAACGUCAAAAAAAUUAUGAAUCAGAUUUAAUUCAACAGUACAAAGAACAACUUCGAGAUUUUCAAGUUGAAUUAACUGCUAAGUCUGAAGAAAUAGAAAGUUUAAAGAAAGAUCAAGGGAAAGAAAAUACAGAGGAAUUGACUAAACUAACAGAAUUAGUUACGAGAAUGAAAACAGAGCAUGAGAAUGAAUUGAAACAAAUUGAAACAAGGUGGGAAGAUAUGGUAAAAGAUAAAACUAAUGAAAUUAAUGAUUUAAAAAAAGAACGGGAGAAGUGCAAAAGAGAAUUAGAAAAUAAAUCUGUGGACUCUUUAAAAAAUACUUUGACAUCUCAGCAACGGGAGUUAACUGAGUUGCGAAAGCUUAUCAAAUUAAGACAUGAUACUCUGGAAGAUUCAACAGAAAUUGAAUAUCUUAGAAAUAUUUUGUAUGAAUACAUGAUGGGUAAAGAGACUUUGGUACUGGCUAAAGUCAUUGCAGCAGUUGUAAAAUUUGAUCAGGAACAAACUACUAGAGUACUUAAAAAGGAAGAAGACAAAUUAACGCUGCUUGGAUCUCUGGGAUUAACGUAAAAGUAUCGUAAACUGUUUAUAAGUAAGCAUAGACAGUUAUAAAUUGGAAUUAAUAAUUUAUUAAUAAUUUAUACAUAUAAUUAGUUAUAAUAAUUAUUAAUGUUAAUACUACCACUAUCAUUGCUACAUUUGUAAAAUAGAGUACAGUGGAAAGAAGUGUUUGAUAGCAUAAAUAUAAAUAACUGCCAAUAAAAUUUUAUCACUUCA